AUGGAGUUGAAUAAAUGUUGUCUUUAUAUGCAGAGGAUUACCAUUCCAGAGAUAAAACAACAUCCAUGGUUUCUAAAGAAUUUGCCGAAGGAGCUUAUAGAUGCGGAGAAGCAGAGUAGUAGUACCAAACAUGAACCUGAUCCUGAACAACAGCUUCAAAGUGUGGAAGACAUAAUGAGGAUCAUACAAGAGGCGAAAAUCCCAGGCGAAACGCCUAAACCCGAAACACAAAGCUCCAAUGUUGGAUCGAUCGACACUGAUGAUUUAGAAGGUGACCUGGAAUCUGAAAUCGACAACAGCGGAGAUUUUGUUGUCCGAGUCUGA